AUGGCUACAAUCGCUGUUGCUGGAGGCACUGAUGGUUUGGGCCUAACCAUUGUCGAAGCAUUGGCCGUCCAUGGAGGACACGAUGUGAGUGGCGCUGAACUCGAGAAGACACUACCUUUCCGUCUGAUAGCUGUGGACUACAGCGAUAUCGAUAGCCUCGUGGAUGUCCUGGAGUUGAAUAAUAUCGGCACAGUGAUUGCCACGAUCAAUGCGCUGGGAAAUUCUUUGCCGGAGCGCAAUCUUGUCCGCGCCGCAGAAAAGUCCUCGAAGACGACGCGAUUUAUUCCAAGUACUUUCGCUUGUUUCAACUAUCCCGCCAGGUAUGCGGAGACCUCAAUUCUUGCCAAGGCCAAAUUCGAGGUCAUUGAGGAACUUCGCAAGACAUCGUUGAUAUAUACGUCUAUUAUCAGCGGCUGGUUCGUGGAUUAUUAUGGAACACCCCUCCUCCAAUCACAUGCCCACCGCUUCCCUAUGUUUAUCGACAUAGCGAACAAGCAGGCGGCAAUUCCUGGGUCAGGGAAUGAGCCUGUUGCUUUCACCCGCCUCAUCGACAUCGCCCGGUAUGUGGUUCGGGCACUAGACCUUUCCAGCUGGCCAAAGGAGAGUUACAUUAUCGGUGAUCGCAUCACUUUGCGCGAGUUUGUCCAACUCGCUGAGGCGGCGAGAGGUUCCAAAUUUCAAGUCACUUAUGAUUCGAAGGAGGACUUGGAUGCAGGGCGGCUCACAGACCUUCCUUGCUACUCUGAUUUCUACAGCGCACUUGGUAGGGAAGCGGCGAGUGCAUUAUUCAGGGAGAUUGGGGUGUGGAUGGCGGCAGGAGAGCUGGACGUUAAACCUUCGUUUUCACUGAACGAGGCAUUUCCGGAUAUCAAGCCUAUGACUGUUAGGGAAUACUUGGAUCUUUCAUGGAGGGUGUAA